AUGAAGGACGAUGGGAUGACGUUGCAGGCGCUGGUGGAGGAGAACCAGCGGCUGAAGAAGAGGCUCCAAGAUAGCCAAGCGGAGCUCGCGGGGAAGGGGUUCACCUCAACGGCAGUGAUCUCGACGCUGACCGACCUGGCGAGGGAGACGUCAACAAUGGAGGAGAUGCUUCAAGAGUACGAGCACAAGAUCGAGAAGAUGAACCACGAGAUCGCCGAGAACGACAUGUACAUGAGCGAGACGCAGCAGAGGCACGAGCAGGAGAUGGCGGCCCUGAAAGACAAACUGCAGAAGGCACAGGCCGAGGUGACCGUCCUGCAGGAGCGGUGGGCGAACAUCGACAAGCCGGCGGAGCUGACGCCGUCGAAGAUCAUGAAGCCGCGGCUGGUUGUGGAGCUCGAGGCCCAGGUGUCGCGCCUCAAGGCCGAGCUGCGCGGGAAGCACCAGGAGGCAGAGGAGCUGUCGCGGCAGCUGGCGGAGCAGCAGGGGUCGGAGCAGGAGGCCGUCAAGAAGCUGCAGGCCGAGCGCAGGAAGCUGGCGCGGGAGGUCGAGGAGCGCAAGCAGGAGGUGUCGCGCCUGCUGGCGGACCUGCGCAAGGCGCGCCUCGAGCGGCAGGAGGCGGAGACGCGGGCCGAGGAGGCGGAGGCGCGGCGGAAGCAGCAGAACCAAACGCUGCGGGCGGAGAACAGUCGGCUCGGGAAGGCUCUGCUGGCGUCGGAGGAGGCGGCAGCAACCGCGCGCGAGGAGGCCAAGUCGCGGGCCCCGCCGUCGCGCGACGGCGACUCGCCGGUGCUGCGCGCGCGCAGCACGACGCCGCGUCUCGCGCGUCGCACGCAGCGGUUCCGCCGCAGCGAGGCCCUGGGAGGGCGGUUGAUCAAGGACAGCGGGGACUUCCAGGGGGUCCCCGGCUGGGCGUUCUUCUCCGCGACGGUCGGCGCGUUCCUCGUCGGCGUCCGGCUCAUGUGA